CGGAUGCGGAGUGACUCCAGGAGCUGAUGCCCAAGGCGGAGUUCCGCGCGGUGUCUCGCGCGUGAGAAUCGUGAGUGGCCGGUGGGCGGGGCGUGUCUCGGGGCCUGGAGGCUGCGGACGCCACACGCCUGUCCUUAUGACGCGCGUUGCCAUGGAGACCGGUGGAGCUGCGGGGCCCUUCCUAGUCCACUAAGUUGGCUGCGCCCCCCGGUGGUCCCCCAGCUGGUGACUGCGAGUCCCACGGGGCUGCGUGGAGCGCAGAUCGGGCCAAGACCUCUCCGAGGCCCAGAGUUGCCAUUCCGCGCCAGGAGAACGCCUUACCGUCGAAACCCGAGCACUGGGCGAGCCGGCGUGCCGGACCGGAUCACGAUGGCUCUCUCCUGAGGACCCUCGCUUGCAGCUCCGCUUGGCAGGCGCUUCCUGAAAGAGCCCCACCCGAGGUUCAGGAGGGAAGCAAAAGUGGCUGUUUCGCUGGCUGCAAAGUGCCUGAACAGCCGCCACCAAGUGUCCAGUUCUCCACCCCCACCCCCCACCCAAGCCAAACUUCUUGUGUGUUCAGUGGGUACAGUCUAGCAGAAAGAUGCAAGCUUUACACAUCACCAACUGCUGACCUGUCACCUUGAUGACAGCACCUCGGGGUGCCUUCCCAGCUCAGUUCCGGCAGCCUUCAAUCAGCGGCCUCUCACAGAUCACCAAAAGCCUGUUUAUCAGCAGUGGUGUGGCGGCCAACAACAAACUCCUGCUGUCCAGCAACCAGAUCACCACGGUCAUUAAUGUAUCGGUUGAGGUGGUAAACACCUUCUAUGAGGAUAUCCAGUACAUGCAGGUGCCUGUGACUGAUGCACCUGUCUCACGUCUCUGUGACUUCUUUGACCCUAUUGCUGACCAGAUUCAUUUGGUGGAGAUGAAGCAGGGCCGCACGCUGCUGCACUGUGCUGCUGGCAUGAGCCGCUCAGCUGCCCUCUGCCUCGCCUACCUCAUGAAGUACCAUGCCAUGUCCCUGCUAGAUGCUCACACAUGGACCAAGUCAUGCCGGCCUAUCAUCCGGCCUAACAGUGGCUUUUGGGAGCAGCUCAUCCACUACGAGUUCCAGCUGUUUGGAAAGAAUACAGUGCACAUGGUGAACUCCCCCAUGGGACUGAUCCCUGACAUCUAUGAGAAGGAAGUCCGUUUGAUGGUUCCUCUGUAAGCCACCUCACCAGCUCCUGUGUUGGGGUCAGCUAUACAGAUGUCAUUAACCUUAUGCCAAGAUCUAAACAUGAACAUUCUUCUUGUGUUGAUACAGGAGCAUACCAGAUGAUGCUUUUUAUAAGGGCAAGAAAAGAGGAUUGCUAUAAUUUUUAACCCUGUAAUCCAGCCAAGUUUGGUGGUACAUGCCUGUAAUCUCAGAAGACUAAAGCAGAAGGAUCACAGGGUGAAUUUGAGACCAGCCUGGGCUACAUAGAGAGACUGUCUCAAAAAAACCAAACCAAAAAGUCACUACUUUGUAAUCUGUAUCUUUAGAGAUUAAAGUCACUAAUUGUUUUUUUUAAAUAUU